AUGUCAUUGUCACAAAAAGGGACUACCAUGGGUCUAGUCUUGAUCCUAGUGUUCAUGUUAUCGGGAAAUGCUUCGAUUCCAUCCGCUUCAUGUUGCUCACAACUAUCUAAUGUAGUUCAAGGUCAACCACAAUGUUUGUGCUCACUACUAAAUGGUGGUGGGCCUACUUUUGGGAUAUCGAUAAACCAAACACUGGCUUUAUCGCUUCCCGGUGCCUGUAAUGUACAAACUCCCCCGGUUAGCAAGUGCAAUGGUGUUGCUAAUGGACCUACAUCGUCAUCGGCUGAUUCUCCAACAAGUAACUCUCCAUCAGAUUCUUCUUCCAAUGAAACACCAGUAGGUGCUCCAACUAGUACUACUACACCAACGAUUCCUGAUGUUGGUGUUCCAACAACUACAACUACACCAACGAUUCCUGAUGUUUCUCCAGGAGGUUCGAAAUCAGUACCUUCAACAAACAGUGAUGGAUCAGAUGCAACGAUCAUUAGGGCGCCCACUCGUGUGCUAGUGGUUGUGUUUUUGGUAGCAACGUGUGCAUCUAUUGUGACAAAAUUUUGAAUUGGAAUUAUUAUGAUCUAUUGUAUCAAAGCACUUUAACUUUGACUUAUAGAAAAAGUCUUUGUAAGCAAUCUAUUAUAUACAAUUUUGCUAAAAGUCUCUUCAUAUGAUGUUGUAUUCUAAUUAAAGAAGAUAUAUUUCUAUGUAUAUGUCCA